AUGUCAGCGGCACCAGGCAAGAGGCCGCAUCAGAAUGAUGGCGGCGGCGGCGGCGGUGGUGGCGGCCGGCGGCCCAAAAAGUUCAGCAAAGGGCGAAAGCAGAAGCCCGUCAAGGAAGGCUCUUCAGAAGAGGUUCUCAUGGCCGACAUCCAGUCCAUGCUAGCCGCCCAGAGGCUCUCCUCGCCGCCACCAGAGGAGACCAAUGGUGCGCAAGAGGACCCCCUUGUGGUUCUUGCGUCACUGCCAGAGCCUGGCACCGAGGUUGACGUGGAAGUCGUCGAGCUCUCGUCUACUGGCGACGGUCUGGCCCGCCAGCCAGGAUCGGACAGAAUCUACGUCGUCCCCUUCACCGUGCCCGGGGACACCGUCAGAGUCAAGGUCUACAGGCACUUGCUGAAGGAGCAGUACUCCGUGGCCGACUUCAUCUCCGUCACCAAGCCCUCGCCCCUGCGCGAUGACAGCAGGAUACAGUGCCGCUACUUCGCCAAGUGCUCCGGCUGCCAGUUCCAGAUGCUCGACUACCCGGAGCAGCUGCGCCUCAAGAAGCGCAUCGUGGAGAAGGCCUACAAGAACUUCUCCCAGCUGCCUCCGGAGCUCUACCCGGAGAUCCUCGACACCAUCGGGAGCCCCUUGCAGUUCGGCUACCGGACCAAGCUGACGCCGCACUUUGACGGGCCUCCCGGCUUCCGCAGCCGGGGCAAGCGCAAGGCCCUGGAGAGCACGCCCGACAUCGGCUUCAUGCAAAAGGGCUCUCGCAAGACCCUCGACAUUGAAGACUGCCCCAUCGGCACCGACGCCGUCAGGAAAGGCAUGCAGAGGGAGCGCAAGCGGAUGGAGAGCGAGUUCAGCAAGUACGAGCGAGGCGCCACCAUCCUCCUGCGGGAAGACACCAAGCGCUACCCCAAGGGGUCCGAAGUGCCAGAGGAGGAACUGCCUUCCGACGCCGUCAGGGUCGAGACGGACGCCAACACCGACAUCAAGACGUGCGUCACGGACAGCAACGCCACCACCACAGAGUACAUCGACGACUACGUCUUCACCAACCCGGCCGGCGCCUUCUUCCAGAACAACAACUCGAUCCUGCCCGUCUUCACCUCGUACGUGCGCGACCACAUCCUGCCGCCGUGCCCCAAGCCCGGCGCCAAGCCCGUCAAGUACCUCAUCGACGCGUACUCCGGGUCCGGCCUCUUCACCAUCACCCUGGCCUCCACCCUGCCCGGGGGGUCGAUCGGCAUCGACAUCGCCGCGGGCUCCAUCGCGUUCGCCCGGCGCAACGCCGAGCUCAACAGGCUCUCCGAGUCGCAGUGCAGCUUCCUCGCCGCCGACGCGCCCGAGCUGUUCAAGAGCGUCAAGUACGACCCCGACGAGACGGUCGUCGUGCUGGACCCGCCGCGCAAGGGCUGCGACGCCAGCUUCCUGAGGCAGCUCAUGGAAUUCGGCCCCACGCGGGUCGUGUACGUGAGCUGCAACGUGCACACGCAGGCGCGGGACGUCGGAGUCCUCGUUAGAGGCGAGGUCGAUGGCGGUGCUGCAGAGGGUGGUGGCGCCAAGACGCAGUCCAAGAAGAAGAGAGCGAGGUACGAGAUCGAGAGUCUUCGCGGCUUCGACUUCUUCCCGCAGACCGGCCACGUCGAGGGAGUAGCAGUCCUGAACAGGGUGGACGAGACUCAGGAUGAGGCUCAGGUGGAGGAUAAAACAACGAUUGAGUCAUAA